AAAUUGGGGUUUUAACCAAAACAAAAUGGUGAAAAUUGAAAACGGAAGAACAGAGCUUCCCCGCUCCCGCUUCCAUCCCUCUCUUUCGUCUUCUAAGGAUUUGAUUAUUUAGGGCUAGCAAGAGCGAAGAAAACAUGCUGGGUUUCACAAGGCGUAGAAUCUUGGGAAACUCCCUACAGAAAUUGCUUCCGGAUGCCCCGGAUUUGCUGAGAAGCUACACCUCCACUGCACAAGAGGAUCAAUAUAAUAGCCGUGUUACGAAUCAAUCUCCGAAACUGGACAUUGGGGAUGUACGGAAGCAUCCAAUUGGGACGAAUGUUCCAAGGAAGGAUAAGAUCAAAUUUCUUGUUACCACACUUCUUGAUCUUAAGGAUAGCAAAGAAGCUGUCUAUAGCACACUUGAUGCUUGGGUUGCUUGGGAGCAGAACUUUCCUAUUGCUUCACUGAGGAAGGCAAUUACUGAUAUUGAGAAGCAGCAGCAGUGGCAUAGAGUUAUUCAGGUGAUUAAGUGGAUGCUGAGCAGAGGGCAGGGAAACACGAUGGGGACCUAUGAGCAGUUAAUCCGUGCUUUAGAUAUGGACAACAGAGCCAAUGAAGCACAUGAAUUUUGGAAGAAUAAAAUUGGUUCAGAUCUCCAUUCAGUGCCUUGGAGUUUAUGCAAGCUUAUGAUCUCUGUGUAUUAUCGAAAUAACAUGCUGGAGGAUCUCAUAAAGCUUUUCAGGGGCUUAGAAGCCUUUGACCGUAAGCCUCCAGAGAAAUCAAUAGUGCAGAAAGUGGCAAAUGCAUAUGAGUUGUUAGGCUUUCUUGACGAGAAAGAGAGGGUACUGGAGAAGUACAAAGAUCUUUUUACAGUAACAGAAAAAGAUCAUAUGAAAUCUAAGAGGAGCUCUUCAAAGAAAAAGAAGAAUGAAGGUAUGAGACUCUGUCUGUGCCUUUAAUCAUCUAUACUCCUUUGAGGAAUGAGGAAGUUAUACCUUACCCAGAUAAUUGUCUCCUUUUAUGGCUUCUGUAUUGCUGAGCAUCAGUAGCUAUCAUCUUGAAUUUUAAAGUUCAGUUUUACAUCUCUAUUUCUGUAAUCUAAUGUUUUGGAGACAAAAGUACAUUUGCAUAUCUUUUGAUCCCUGUGUUUUUGGCUGUCUUCAAGGCAUGGGAAAGAGUUGACUUCCAGUGAUAUAAUUGAUGCAGUGAAUAGUUUGGAAACAAGUCAAGGAUGUUGAUGAAUGAAAAGAUUUUCUACUUUUGUUACCAUCUUCAAAUCUGUAAUACCCACAUGUUUCUCAUGGGCUUCAUUAGUCGCUGUGUCAUUAUUAUCACCUCUAGUAAUUUCUUGGCCCCAGAAUGUACAUCAUUUUUUUUGUACACCUUUUUCAUGCCUGGAAAUGCAAGAUCUUAAGAAGGCUAAAAGCAUGGCAUGAGACAAGCAGUAAGGUAAUUAGAGAUCGGCUAGUUAUCUGAGCAUUGACAAUACUUGACAAUGGCAUGCCCUCCUAUUUUUGAUGCAAAACCUGAACAUUGUAAAUUAUACAUCGAUGAACUUUUUCUCUUGUAUACUUUCUGGAUUUGAAGCCAUAAAUUAUUAAGUAUCAA